AUGCUCGCCGCUCUUCGAGGCAUCUACAAUCUUCAAUGGAACCCCAACCCCAAAUUUCGGCCACUCCCGCCUUAUAUAUCGCGCGAAUUUGUCGCAACUCCGAAUGGAGGCUUGGAGCUAUUGGUUUCGGCGCCGAGAAACCUUGAUCAAUCUUGCCCUCCCAUCAUUUUGGCCCAUGGCGGCUUUGGCCAUGCGUCUCUCUGGUUGGAAUGGAUGGCAUAUUUCCACCAGCAUUAUGGAGGGACGACAUAUGCCUAUUCCGCUCGAAAUCACGGUGCUAGCUACGGCGUCACCUAUCUCAAGAUGGUUUUCGGCACUUCGCUCGACGACAUCGCUUCAGACUGGGCUUCGGUCGUCUAUGAAGUCAAGCACAGGUUCGAGCCUGAUUCUGAGCCAGUGCUUGUCGGACAUUCAGCUGGAGGUGCACUCACACAAUUUGUUCUUCUGAACCGUAUGGCGACAGCGCAAGGACUCUGCUUGUUAGGCUCGGUGCCCCAUUUCGGAGGAUAUGGGGCUUAUUGGAACUGGAUCAAGUUUGAUCCAUGGAUAUUCCUGAGAAAUCUCUGCAGUGGUGGCCACCCCACAAGCCCUCUUAGCCAGCCUUCGUUGGUACACACGGCAUUCUUCGGGCCACAAUAUCCCAAAGCGAAAGAAGAUGGAUGGGCCAAGGUCAAGGAGUUCAUGAAAUGGAUGCCGGGGUACGAGAGCAUAGCCUGGGCGAUGGCCUUGAACGGAAGCUUCUGGAAAUGGAUCUGUGGGAAGAACGAAUGGUUGCAAGUGAGCAAAGUUCUAGCCUCGAUCAACGGCUGGGAAAGAUCUGGCGACAGGAUCUGUAUCAUGGUGGGCAGUCAUGACCGACUCACAGACCCAUCGAUGGCGGAGAGAUCGUUCAGAGAAUACGCAGGUGCCGUGGCCACGCUGCGGCGUGACGAGACAGUUGAUAUCCUUGGGCGCGAAAUGCCCGGUGAUGAGAAACCAAUUGAGGGUAUAGAAAUGACGGCUGCAAACAGGGUCCGACUAAUAGUCGUGCAAGGAGCGGGACAUCACACGCAAAACGAUAUCCAGUGCGAUAUAGCUGCAGAAGCAUGCUUGAGAUGGAUCAAACAGCUCUGA